AUGCAUAAUCCAUAAGACUAAUUACGAAAAGCUUUAAAGAGAUACAAUAAUGGAGAUAAGUAAAGCAAUAACCGAAAUUGUCGUUCACAAUAGCUUCAAAUGCCGCAAGUCCCAAAAGGAAUGUUGAGCAUGAACAGUACUCAAAAAUCAGAAAGAAAUGCAAAAUUAAGUGAUACAGGUAUUUGAAUGUUAAUAUAGUAGAUACAACUGAUGUGACUCAUUACAAUUUGAAUUUUUCAUAACCAAUUUAAUCAGGUUAUUAAGUAGAACAUUUGGAUCUCAAUUUUUUUAAAAUCUAACCCUGCAAAAUUCCAGGAAAUCACAGCCAUAAACAUUGUCCAUUUUAUCAUAAUAAUAAAGAUCGAAAAAGGUAUAUAAAUUAUUAUUAAAAUAGAAUAAAUGUUUAAUACUCAGCUGAAUUAUGUGCAUACAUAGAAAAUAAUCAACAAUGUCCAUAUGCAGAUAAUUGCAAUAAAGCCCAUAAUAGAGUAGAGUAACUUUAUAGGGCUGAUAAUUACAAGACAAAAUUCUGUUCCUAUUAUCCUCAUAAUAUUUCUUAGUGUGAUUAUGGAAAAUUUUGCUCUUUCGCACAUUCUGAAACAGACAUUGUUAUAGAAUUAAUCCAUAACCUAGAAUAUGAUGAUGAUUUCUUUAUGUUCUAUUAUAAAACAGUUUGGUGUCCAUUCAAUCUUACAUAACACGAUAAGGCACUUUGUGUUUAUGCUCACAAUUGGUAAGACUUUAGAAGGAAACCUUAAAUUUAUCAGUAUAAUCCAAUUCCAUGUCCAAGUUGGAACACAGCUGAAUACAUUUUAGAAUACUAUAAUGGAUGCUAGGAUGGCUUUAAUUGUGGAAAAUGCCAUGGGUGGAAGGAAUUAGAAUAUCAUCCAAUGUUAUUUAGAACAAAAUAAUGUAUUAAUUAAAAUUGUUCUAAAACUGACUGUUCAUUUUAUCAUAAUAAUUAAGAAAAAAGGUACAUAAUAAAAUAAUAAUAAUAGAUAGAUAGAUUAAUUAUCAUAAUUUAGAGUUUUUAAAAUAGUUCCACGAAACAGAAUAGUUUAAAACACAUUUAAAGUGAGAGAUUAAAGUUUAUUAACAUCUUAACGAAAUGGUAGUAGUAUUGCCAGUUACUAAAAGUUAUGUAGUAGUGAUUAACAUUGGUUGGGACAUAACUUAUAGAAUAGUUUUUAAUAUGAUCAGGACUCAGAUGAAGGAAAAUAAAAUAUUAAAGGGUAAAAUUACUAGACUACGUUAAUUUCAAUUUAGGAAAGAACAGGUAAUAUCAAUAAAUAUAUAAUAAAUUAGAUUCAGAUGAAUUAAAAGAUUUGAAAGAUUUAAUGAGAAAGAAAUCAAAUUCAGUAGUAGAUGAAAAAUAAAAUAAUGAUGAUAAUGAACAUGUUAGGACAGUUUUAAAAAUGAUCGACAUGGAUCAAUGAAUAAAUAUUUUUAUUUAAUUCAAGAACUCCC